AGCCUAUAGACCUAAGCGGAUGGACACUGUCCCUUAGAACUGGGCUACUUUAUCUCAGAAGUGUUUCACUGUUGCUGAGCUAUCUCACUGAAUGUGUAUCAGGUAUUUUAACCUGCUAAAGACAAGAAGAAGGGUUUGCCACAUAGUUCCAAAGGUCUUCCACUUACCACAGCUGUCAGAGAAAGCAAAAUGAUCGAACCCAUUGGGAAUCAGUAUGUCGUGGCCAGGCCAGUAUAUUCUGCAAAUGCUUUUGGGGAAGAACAUAAGAAGAUAAAAAGACAUCAUAAGACAUUUCUGGAUCGUCUCAAACUGUGUUGUAGCUGUUCCACUCAAAAGGCCAAGAAGAUUGCCCUUUCUUUGUUCCCCAUAGCAUCUUGGUUGCCAGCAUAUCGGAUAAAGGAAUGGCUACUCAGUGACAUUGUCUCUGGAGUCAGCACGGGGCUGGUAGCUGUACUGCAAGGUUUAGCAUUUGCUCUGCUGGUCAACAUCCCCCCACGCUAUGGGUUGUAUGCAGCCUUUUUCCCAAUCAUAAUCUACUUUUUCUUGGGCACUUCUAGACACAUAUCUGUGGGUCCAUUUCCAGUUCUGAGUACGAUGGUGGGAGCAGUAGUUGUGAGAAUAACUUCAACAGCCAAUACAGCUGCUCUGACAGCCUCUAAUAGCUCAACGAGUAAUGAUUCAUUGUCCACAGAUGAACAGAGUGUGAUGGUGGCUGCAACGGUCACAAUCCUUUCUGGAAUCAUCCAGUUGCUCCUGGGGGUUCUGCGAAUUGGAUUCGUGGUGAUAUAUCUAUCUGAGUCCCUAAUCAGUGGCUUCACCACAGCUGCUGCCAUUCAUGUUGUGGUUUCCCAACUCAAAUUUAUUCUUCAGCUGACCGUCCCAGCACACACAGAUCCAUUUUCAAUUUUCAAAGUACUAGAAUCCGUAUUCACACAAAUAGGGAAGACUAAUAUUGCAGACCUUGUGACAUCCUUGAUUAUCCUCGUCGUUGUAUCUGUGUUUAAAGAAAUAAAUCAACGCUACAAAGCCAAACUUCCAGUGCCCAUCCCAAUUGAAUUCAUCAUGACUGUGAUCGCGGCAGGUGUAUCCUAUGGCUUUGACUUCAAAAACAGGUUUAAUGUGGCUGUGAUUGGGGAGAUGAAAAGUGGGUUUCAGCCCCCUAUCACACCUGACCCGUGGAUUUUCCAAGAAACCAUCGGAGACAGCUUUGGCAUUGCCAUUGUUGGCUUUGCGGUGGCCUUUUCAGUCGCCAGUGUCUAUUCCGUCAAACACGAUUAUCUGAUUAGUGGCAAUCAGGAGUUAAUAGCCUUGGGAUUGGCUAACAUAUUCAGUGGAUCAUUCAGAGGAUUUGCCUCGAGUACCGCCCUCUCCAGAUCGGCGGUUCAGGAGAGUACUGGAGGCAAAACGCAGGUUGCUGGGCUUCUCUCUGCUGUCAUUAUACUGAUUGUGAUUGUAGCCAUUGGAUUUCUGCUGGAGCCACUACAAAAGUCUGUCCUGGCAGCCUUAGCACUUGGAAACUUAAAGGGAAUGCUGAUGCAGUUUGCUGAAAUAGGAAGACUGUGGCGAAAGGAUAAGUACGAUUGUCUAAUUUGGGUCAUGACCUUCAUCUUCGCCAUUGUCCUGGGACUCGGGUUAGGCCUGGCAGCCAGCGUAGCGUUCCAGCUCCUGACCAUUGUGUUCAGAACCCAAUUUCCAAAAUGUAGCACACUGGCUAAUGUUGGAAGGAGCAACAUCUAUAAGAAUAGAAAAGAUUACUCUGACAUGUAUGAACCGGAAGGAGUAAAAAUUUUCAGAUGUCCAUCUCCUAUCUACUUUGCAAACACCUUUUUCUUUAGACAGAAACUUAUCGAUGCUGUUGGCUUUAAUCCACUACGAAUUCUACGCAAGCGCAACAAAGCUUUAAAGAAAAUCCAAAAAAUGCACAAGAAAGGCCUGAUACAAGUGACACCAAAAGGAUUUAUAUGUACCGUUGAUGACUUUAAAGAUUCUGAUGAAGAGCUAGACAACCGUGCAAUAGAAGAACUGGAUCAGCCAAUCAGUACCACAGACCUUCCCUUCCAGAUAGACUGGAAUGCUGAUCUUCCUCUCAACAUUGAGGUCCCUAAAAUCAGCCUGCAUAGCGUUAUUCUUGACUUUUCGGCAGUGUCAUUUCUUGAUGUUUCUUCAAUGAGGGUUCUCAAAAAGAUUUUUCAAGAAUUUGUCAGGAUCAAGGUAGACGUGUAUAUUGUUGGAACUGAUGAUGACUUCAUUGAGAAGCUUGCUCGGUGUGAAUUUUUUGAUGAUGAAGUCACGGACUCAAUGUUUUUCUUAACCAUCCAUGAUGCUGUUUUGCAUAUUUUGAUGAAGAAGGAUUACAGUACUUCAAAGUUUAACUCCAGUCAGGAAAAAGAAAUAAAAUCUGAUUUUACCAUAAAUACAAAUGGAGGAUUACGUAAUCGGGAAUGUCAGGUACCACUUGAAACAAGAUUCUAAUCAAAAUAUAAUUCAGAGGGAU